AUUCCGCCCAAUUUCGUACCUUCUCCCAAUUCGAACCCUAAUUCGCUCUCUCCUUCGCCAUGGAUGCUCAUCCCGCUCGCUUCCCAGGCAAACGCAGGACGGGGACGAAAUCCUCGGGGGGAAAUGGCGACGGCCAUAUGCCGACAAAUAAACCCCCAUGGCAGGGCGUCACUGCUGCUCAACCUCGAAUCAAAUGGAAGCGUGCUUUUGGCGUCCCCCGAUGCACGAACGUUCCGGUCGAAAAACCUCUCUUGAUUUCCAAGACGCGGAAAGUUCCAGCUGCAGCGAAGAAGCCUUCGAAUCCAGAUCCUGCGUCAGUUGUCGGUAAGAAGAAACCCCAAAUUACUUUACAAGAAUCGAAGAAGGCAGUAGCUGAAGGAGGUGAAGACGAUGAACCCGAAGAGACGGUCCGCACCCCGACGCUAUCGAUCAAGCCUGCUGCUGCGUCGGGCACGCCUUACCUUAGCGCUCAGAACUGCAGCAAGUGCAGGCUCGACAAGCUCGAGUCUUCAACGUACUGGCUCGGGCAGAUAAGAUUGGCUGAAUCCACAGGAAAGCAUUUCGUGGCUGCGGCUUUCUUCAACCUUGCACUAGAAUGCCAUGCCCAGCCAUUCUAUAAACUCCGAAAUGAGCUCAGGCAUUAUGUGAAGCGACAUCGAGUCAGUUCUGUGGAAUCGAUUUGGACCAAUCUGUCUCUGGCUUAUGGACUCUCGAAAGAGAAGUCAGUCUAUGAUCCAUGUGAUCUUGCUCGAAGUAGUUGUCUUUUGUCUGAAAUGAACAAUUUGAUUGCUAAUCCUGAUGCCGAAUUACGUAAUGGUGGCCAGUUUCAUGAUUCCUUAUCUGAAAAGGAUGAUCGAGAACUCAGUUCUGGAAUGCUAGAUCGUGAUGCUCUCGAAGAUGAAUGCUCAAAGCAUGAAGACAAGAGGUUUCGGGAACUGGCAGAGGUCAAAGUUGAUCAUAAUGAUGAACAUGAAUACAAAAUGGAAGAAUCCAAGAGUGUGCCGGUCGACAAUUUAACAGCAAAGGAAUGUUGUGUUCUUGCCACCAUAUCUAAUGUUGCUAAUAGAUUUCCUGGCAGUAAAAGUUCAGAGAAGAAUGCAUCUGUAGAAAAUCUAAAGAAAAAAUCUGGAAUUUGUUCAAAUAGUUCUUCCCAACCAAUCAAGACACCAACAUCUUGCCCUUCUGAUAAUAAAGGCAAGGAGAAUAUUAGGGGAAACAGAGCCAACAAUUCGGUGAAAAGCAACGAUGGCGGCAGGAAAAAGAGGAGUGCUCAGAUCACAGGCAGCAAAGAAGAAAGAAAUAAUAAAUCCAGUACCAAGAAGCAAGAAUGAGCUUUAUCAAAGAUUUCUUGAUCAAGAUUCUUGUUGCAACAUCACAAUUGAUAUAGUUGAACAAGCUUUGUUUGCAACUCUGUUGUGCAAGGGAAACAUUUGUGUAUUGGCUGUGAUUUUAAUGAUUCUUGUUUUUCUCAAGGGGUCAUUAUUGAUUUACUAGGCUUAUUUGAGCAUGUGUACUAGCAAUUGAAUCUUGAUCAUGUUAAUCAACAUCAUAUUGGUUGAGAUAUUGAAGAAGAAUUACAAUGUUUGCAUAAA